UUCGUCCCUUUCUUGUAUGCUCACAAGGAAUGGGAGAAACAAAAUUAUCAAUAUUUAUCAUUGACAAAAUUAUCAAUUUUUUAGGCGAUGGAAUUUUGUGGAAAAGAACCUUUUCCCAAAAUAAUGGUUGACAGUAAAGAGAAAGGCAUGGUAAUUUUCUUUUGAAAUAUUUAUUUCAAUUAUUACUGAAACGAUAACUCGUAAACGGCAUCGUUUUUGAAACCAAGAUUGCGGAAUUUGAAGGCCGUCUUGUAGGCAUGCCCUAGGCCCCCACCACGGAAGUUCACCAAAUUCAGUAAGAUAAGUCGGCAUCAUUUCAUGUAAAUGUUUCAUGAUUUUUCAGUCUAUCGUUCAUUUAGUCAGACUUUACCCCCAAGAAACUACGGCGAGUGGCCUUUUAGAAUAAAUAAAUUUUAGAAACACUUCGCCAGCAAAAGUUUGUUUUUCUGGAUUACCUAUGAUUAGGGGUGUAACUGAUAGUGUAUCUGGCCGGAUAGUGGGAAAAUCGCACUAUCAAUUAUUCCGCCGUAUAAUUGAAGAUAUCCGGCCGGAUACUGGAUAUUGAAUUAUACGCAAUUUAGAAGUGUUGGUUGCACUUUUUGUCGUGAUUUACGAAGAAUUAAGGUUUCAUGUAUGUUGUCAUGGACAUUUCUUUUAUAAGCCACUUGAAUAUCAAUUUAACCCAAACCGGAUAAUUUGUGAAGCGUGCUAUUCAAUAUCUGUUACUUGUAAAAUAAUACAAAGAAGAUUGACACAAAAUGUCAAAAAGUACUUUUGUUAGCUAACAUGUUUAACCAAUAAACAGCGCAUGCGAAGUUUUAAUUUUGCUCUCUUUAUUGGGAUGCCAUGCCUUAUGUGGUUAUCAAAUCAUAUCUGGCAUGUAUGAAUUUUUCUCCAAAAUAUCCGGUAAUCCGGCCGGAAUAUUUUACAACUAUCCAGUAUCCGGCCGGAUAGCAAAAAGCACUAUCCGGUGUACACCUAGCUAUGAUGGAUUUGAAAAGAAAACAGAAUAAUAUCGACUGUAGCUGGAUUAAUCUUGGAGAACUGUAGAUACUGUAGGUAGGGAUUCAACCACCUGAAAAAUAGAAUUAGGGAAACUUCGACGUUUCAAGCAAAGGCCCGAGCAACAUCCCAAGUGCUUGGAUGACGCGCGGAAACCGUUUGCUAAUUGUUUCAUAGAAAAACUACAGUGAAACAACAGUGAAACAACGGUUAACUUUAUUAAAACGUUGACUUUAUUUAAACGUUAUUUAAACGGUUAUCUUUAUUAUAAGUUUAUUCACGUUUUUGUUAACUAUUUAAUAUACUGUUAACUUCACACGUUAAAAUGUUUUCUUUGUAAUCGAUUUUAGAAAAGAGAGGUUCAGAUUUGACUUCCACUACCGUUACCAUUAAGCGACCAUUUUCCAAUCAGAUGCAUUUGAUAUAUCCGCUUAACCAAUCACAUGCGUACUAAGCCAGUGAGAGGUAGCGGAAGUGGAAGUCAAACCUGAACCUCUCUAAAGCCCGUGCGACACACCUGUAGAUGUUAUUUUUGUGGAGGUAACCAAUUUUCAAAUGCAGCUAGGCUAAUGCCACAUUCUCGUACCCAGAGCCUGUCUCACACGCGGUCAACAGAGCAUGCAUGACAAGCGUCAAAGGGUAGGAGAAUGGGUUGCGCCGCAAGUGCAGAGCAAAAUUUAGCGUCUGAACGAGAACAAAAUGCCAAGUGUGCUGCUAGGGGCUUCCAUUGGAAAAUCCAAAACUCCAGGCUUAAAUACCUAGUUUUUUCAUGAUUUAUACUUAGCUCCAAAUGAUAUUUGGAGUUAGCCAGUAACUCCAGGCUUAGAUGCCUAGCCCCUAAAUGAUUUUUGGAGUUUUCCUAGCUCCAAAUAAUUUUUGGAGUUAGCCAGUACUCCACAGUUUGUAUUUCAACUCAGUUUUGAAUUACACAAGUUACUGAAGUGCAUAUUUGGUUUGGAGUUAGACCUUUAGACUUUGGAGGUAGCAUCGCUCCAUUGCUUCCUACUUUCCGCAGCCAUGCCGUGCGAAGGCAUUUAAUUAAAUUUUCCGUGUCUGGUCCUGCCCGGGUAUUGACCAAUCUCAAACUUAUUAAUAAUUCACGUGUAAAUUAGCCAGCCAUAUUACAGUACUUUAUUUCGCUCACAUGAUGAGACUGGAUAUCUGGUGAAGUAUAUAUUAAUCCAGUCCUUGGACUGGAUCAAAACUAAUUCACUUCACUUUAAGUAGUGAUUUAUUCGUAUGACUGUUAUUUCAAAUCCUCCAAUUCAGACUGGACUAGAGAGUCCUCGCUUUUUCACCCAGUCCUCGGCUUUGCAUCGGACUGGAUCAAAUCCUCUUAGUCGGAUUUGAAAUAAUUACAUCAAAUUGCGUGUUUCACUCUAGUUAUAUUAUAUAAUACCUUACACUGUGUUUGCAGAAGUUUGAGGAAAUCUCGAAAGCGCAGCUGAAGAAACUAACAAAGAUAUUCCAACAAGAACAAAGGAAAUCUGACAAGCGAGAAGAGAAGGAAGUAUGGUUUGCUGGCUUUUUUUGUAUCUUCUUUAAAACUAUUCGAAAAAUGGCUAUUAGGCAUGCUCACAGCAAAAAAUCAUUUUCUUAUAAAAAAAAACUUAUUUUGAGAAAUUGAAGUUUACUAUUUCAUCAGGCAUUUUAUAGUAGCGUAUAUAUUUUGACCCCUGGGGAGUACUGAAUAACUACAAAAUUUACGUUUCUUGCAUUUUUCGUAUAGUCUGAGAAGGCUGAACAACGUGCAAAGAACCUUGAAGAAGCGAAACAGAUUGUUAUUGAAGAAGAUCCUUCGUUGCCCAAACCGAGAAAGGUUAGUAAGGAGUUUGAGCUGCAAACAAGUUGUAACAAGGUUGUUGUCAAGCCGAUAUCAGGAUGUGUUCGCAUUGCAUGUUCUCAGUUGUUGUGACAAGUCUGGAACAAGUUGUUAUCACCUUAUUACAAGGUUGAUGACGGUAACAAACUUGCUACAGGUUGUUGGAACAACUCUUAUACAGGCUGUCGUAUAACAAGUUGCUACAAGCUCGUUGUCAUCAACUUGUUAACAACCUGUUACGUGCAGACAAUAUCAGAUUUGUUGGAACAACUUGUUGCGUGCUUGUUGGCUUCAUCAAUCUUGUUACAAGAUGAUAGCAACUAUUUCCAGACAAAAUGAUUCUCAAAGCCGUUCUUCAAAUGUGCUUGAAAGAAAUAAAAUAUAUAUAUGAGGUUUAUAUGUACAUUAACUUACUUCUGCAGAUCAAAAUACGAGACGCCACAAGCCACCGUGAUGAACGCGUCAUGAUUCAGGCAUGGAUUCACAGAAUAAGAAGACAAGGUAUUGUAUUUACUUUGCUUUGCACAGACUGUGCCUAAAUUUAAUUCAUUCAAACUAUUAUACCAAUUAAUUUCCCGAUAUUUGUUUUCAAGGGAAGACAUUGAUGUUUCUUGUUUUAAGAGAUGGUACUGGUUUUCUUCAAUGUGUGUUAUCUGACAGACUGGUAAGCAAUAGUUAUGCUAAAAAAUAGUGAUUGCAUUUUCAUUGCAAAAAACAGAAGAAUCUUUCUUUACGUUGACGUCUUUCCUAUGCACACACGUUUAUACUCUUCGCUUUCGAUGUCCAUUUUGUGAAAAGGUCAGGUUAGAUUCCACAGGGUGGGCUAGAUCUCGUGGAAACCGUAAAAAGGCCAGACCAGUACCUAGUCCUUUAUGCACGCGUUGUGUUUUGGGGAGUUAGCCUUUUCAUUUUUUCUUUGUUGUAUAUUUGUUUAAUAUAUAGUGUCAAACGUAUAAUGCGCUACUGUUGUCGACAGAGUCUACUGUGACUGUGUAUGGAAAGAUCUCUGCAGUUCUAGAAGGAAAGUUGGUAUGUUGGCUUCACUUGUACCUGCUCGUUAUUAAUCGACUUCUAUGAUACACAAACACAAUUUGCGAGGCUCUUAUCAUAAACUUUUUGUUUCAAACCCUUAACUGAAACAUUACAGAAAAGCUUUACAGAGGGGCUACCCUAUGGAACGACAUACCCGUCAAACUUGCUAGAGCUCAAUCUCUUGCUGAGUUUAAAUUUAAAAUUUCUUAAUAAUUGUAUUAUAUUAAUUUAUUUGCAUAUGUAUAGUCUGUAUUAACUGUUGUAAAUAUUUUGAUAUUUAUUUAUUAGAAAUUUGUUUACUAGCAUUGGUACACGUAUUCAUUGAAGAGCACAUAUUUUAACAUGUCUUUUUAAAUGAAGAUGUCAAUCAAUCAAUCAAUCAAUCAAUCAAUCAAUCAAUCAAUCAAUCAAUCAAUCAAACCUAACUGUAAAUGCAACUUUGUUUAUAUUAAUAAUUCAUGUGUUUCUAAUCCUUGCUAGGCACCAGGCGGUCAUGAAAUGAAGGUUGAUUACUGGCAGUUGGUUGGUCUCGCACCACCUGGCGGUGCUGACGCCAUCAUGAAUGCGGUAUGUGUUCAAGUAUUACGAGUACGGCGGAUUUUUAUUUCUAUAGCACAUGUGGAUAUGAUGAAUUCAGUCUGGAAAAUGUCUGAUUUUAAAUAAAUGUUGAUUAUGGAUGAUAUUUUUUGUUUCUCUUUAGGAGUCUGGUGUUGACACUCAGUUGGAUAACCGACAUAUUUUAAUGAGAGGCGAAACAGUAAGAUUUGUAAUUUAAGGGCUGUUCAUGUGGAGCUGGGCUGGCCCGGUUAACUGGGAAUGAUUCGUUUACUGUAAUAAAGCACUUAACACGGCUUUGAUAAACAUCCAAAAUGACAUUUCAAAAUUGAAUUGACUUAGUUUGAUCCCAGUAACGGUAGGCCUAUAAAGCUAAUUCAAACGAUCGUUUAUGGUCAGCAAAAAAUGAACAUCCCCUUAUUAUGCCCACUGUGGUGCCUCUAGAAUUAGUAUGCUGUUGCCAUUCAGACAUACAAGAGCUUAGUGUGGAAAUUAAUCUCCUUGAAAAGCCUGUUCGGAGCUGAGAAAAUCGGUGGACAAAUUUUGUUUUUCAAUUGAUUUUAAAGACGUUCUUCACUGCAUCAGAAGUGGAUAAAGUAUUGGGACCUGGGUACUUAGUACCCAGAAUUUUUUGAGGGAUCUAGUUUUUUUCAGAAAUUUUCGCAUGCAUUUUUUGAUGUUUAAUAGCUAAACGUGUUAAAUUUGUGACUCGAAGUUCUUCGGCUUUUUGUAUUAUUUAGAUAUCAAAAGUAAUGAAAAUGAGAGCAAUUGUUUCUCAAUGGUAAGUUUCUGUGCCAUAUAGGAUCACCGGUCUUACCAACGUUUUGUACAUCUGCGUCUUCAGUCUCAUUGGCAUCUAUUUGUUAAAUAUUUUCCUACUAAUAUUCCUGCAUGUAUUUCCUGUAGUCGUGCCUGCAUCUCUUUAUCCAGGUCACCAUUCCCCUGUGGCCAACUUCCUAGGUAUCUGAAGGCUUUGCUGCUUCAGUUUCUGACCAUCCACUGCAAUCCGUAAUCGUUUGAUUGGAUCUGAAUUUCUUAUUGUAAUUGUCUUCAUUCAAUUUUGCAGUUUCCGUCAGCACUACAUUGACAGAGGAUAUUACGAGGUAAGCUGACUGAUCCUGAGAGAACUUGCGUACGCGUUUCUUUUCUGAAGUCAGAGAUGGAUUUACUGGGAGUUGCGCGUGCAAGAGUGUGUAAGAUUCUUUAUCGAGCCCAAAUGAUUUUCGAAUUGUAUACAAGGAUUUUGUAGAUGGAAAUUUCGAGUACAAUUUAUACAUUUAUUAGACCUAACCAGAAAAAUGAGGUACGAUUCAACUCAAUGGUUAAAAUAGUUUACGAAGCUGGAAACUUACAUAAGGCUCGCGAUGCUUUUAGGACGUCGCUUCCACACUCUCGAAGUCGUAAAAUCCAUUUUCUAUUUCUAUUUUUGUCAGGUCACUCCACCCACUUUAGUUCAGACGCAAGUUGAAGGUGGAUCAACACUCUUUAAGUUUAGUUAUUUUGGAGAAGAUGUAAGUAUACAACACAAACGGCCUUUACAAAUGACAAAUCCUAUCCCCGAUUUUGAGUACAACUAUUAAAAUAAUUGCACUCCUCACCAAAGCAAAACUCAGUAAUUUUGUCAUGCAAAUAUAAACAUGAAUAUAUAUACACAACUGUGAUCCUAAGUUGCUAGCGGAAUUUUUUGCUCCGCAUUUUUUAGUACCCAAGGCCUGAUGACGCAUAUAAGCCGGAUGCACAUGCUGUGAAGUUUACCAAAUUUUAGAAGCAAAACACUUCAUUUAUUUUUUUUUUCUAGGCGUACUUGACUCAAUCAUCUCAAUUGUAUUUGGAAACUGCUUUACCAGCAUUAGGUGAUGUUUUCUGUCUGGCGCAGUCCUACAGAGCUGAACAGUCAAAAACUAGAAGACAUUUAUCUGAGUAAGUUCAUGGACAUAACUAUAGCAUGCCAAUUUUUGAACGAGAGCACUCUUCCUAGAAAAAAUUUGAAAUUGGUUUACAACUGAAGAUGAUUUAUCCUUUAUAUCUGGUACUACAUAGUAUAGUAUACAUUAAUUUAUUUAGGUAUACUCACGUUGAAGCUGAAUGUGCAUUUAUUACGUUCGAUGAACUCCUGGAUAGAAUUGAAGAUCUUGUAAGUAAAUGUGUUUUAAAUGAAUAGUAAAUGGUUUUUGUGAAUGGAAUUUUCAAAUGUAUAAGUUUCCAUACACUUCACACCUAACCAGGAGUAGUUGCGAGGACUAUGGGAUCUUUGUGAGAAAUCGAACCGACUGACGAAGCCCACGCGAAAUACACGCGUGUUUUAUGCCUACAAGAGAUCAUUAGCCGCCAUCUUGUCUUCGCCCAAUCAUAGGGCAGUUUACCAGGAGUUAUCGUUCCAGUAGGCUACUUAUAGAGUUCACUGGAUUGAACUGGGGGGUUAGGAUUGUAAUGAUUAACUACAGCAUAAUGGUAACAAAUUGCUGUUUUUCAGUUGUGUUUGUUAACAUGGAAGUUGAUCCGAACAAAUCUGUUUUCAUUCUACGCAGGCUUGUGAUGUUGUUGACCGAGUUCUGAAGUCGCCUUAUAAACAUCUGCUCUAUGAACUCAACCCGGUACGCAUGUAAUCAUUGAUGGAGAAUUUCUUCAAUUUAUCGAUGUAACUCCUUUAGGAAUAUGAAAUAUAUGUAGAAGCAUGCUAACCUUAUAGUUAUUCUUUUUCUUACUAGGAAUUCAAGCCACCAAAGAAACCUUUCAAGUAAGUAAUGAAAUAUACGUAAUAUAAAAGGUUCGACUGUAUAGGCUUGAUAAACCCUAUUUUAUCUUCAGGCGAAUGAACUACGUUGAUGCUAUUGUUUAUUUGAAAGAACAUGAUAUUCGUAAAGACGAUGGAACAUUCUAUGAAUUUGGUGACGUAUGUACAAUGUAGAUAAUAUUAAGAUUGGGCCACUAUAUUUAUUAUCAUAUCACGAUUUUCGUCUGGGAAGUUAUCACGAUAUUCGAUAUACAUGCAUGCAGUAAAAUCAAUGACCACAUGCAGUUUCAAUAAAUUAAAAGAACUGUUUUUGGAUUUUGUUAAAGUGAUGUUAAGACUCAUUUCCACUCAGGAAAAUUUUCCGCACAAAGAAAAUUUUGUAAAAUUUGAUUGGCCGACACAAAUUUUCCGUCGAAAAAAUUUUGAAGUUGAAAAUUUUCAACUUUUAACAAUGGUAUUUUUCGGAAAAUUUUCUAGAGUGGAAACGCAUGCAUGCCAAACAAUAUAUCACGAACUUUACGGUCAAUAUCACGGACUUUGUACAACUGCACAUUGUGAUUGGUUAAUAUGGUUUAUUUCAGGAUAUCCCAGAAGCACCUGAAAGAAAGAUGACUGAUCAAAUCAACGAGGUAUGGUAGUAGCUACUAACUGCUUAUCAACAGUACCAUGAAAUUGAUUGAUUUUACAUCUUAACCUAAAAAUUCACCAUGUUCAUUUGCUAUUUGAGAAUAAGGGAAGAUUUACGUAAUUCAUGCAUGCCUGCAGAAGACAGAAAUUAGGGAGCAGCGUGCAUAGAACGACGUUAUCUCCAUGUAGUAUGUAUAAAGGCACUAAGGCAAGCAGCAAAUUCAAAACUUGAAAACUUAGUUCUACAAAAUUCAUGUGAAGGCAGUAGUACAAUUUCCUUCCAAAAUGGAUUCUUGGUCAUUUCACUCGAUUGCAUGCACUAAUGUUGAAAGAAUUUGUCGACGGAAAUUUCGAGUUAAAUUUUAUACAUUUAUUUAGGCCUAAACCAGGAACAGCUGUGAAAAAUGCAACUAUAUAGGCCGGUGCAGCGCUCUAACCAACCAUUCCGGUGCAGCGCUCUAACCAACCAUUCCGGUGCAGCGCUCUAACCAACCAUUCCGGUGCAGCGCUCUAACCAACCAUUCCGGUGCAGCGCUCUAACCAACCAUUCCGGUGCAGCGCUCUAACCAACCAUUCCGGUGCAGCGCUCUAACCAACCAUUCCGGUGCAGCGCUCUAACCAACCAUUCCGGUGCAGCGCUCUAACCAACCAUUCCGGUGCAGCGCUCUAACCAACCAUUCCGGUGCAGCGCUCUAACCAACCAUUCCGGUGCAGCGCUCUAACCAACCAUUCCGAUGCAGCGCUCUAACCAACCAUUCCGGUGCAGCGCUCUAACCAACCAUUCCGAGCGCUCUAACCAACCAUGCAUUCCGGUGCAGCGCUCUAACCAACCAUGCAUUCCGGUGCAGCGCUCUAACCAACCAUGCAUUCCGGUGCAGCGCUCUAACCAACCAUUCCGAUGCAGCGCUCUAACCAACCAUGCAUUCCGGUGCAGCGCUCUAACCAACCAUGCAUUCCGGUGCAGCGCUCUAACCAACCAUGCAUUCCGGUGCAGCGCUCUAACCAACCAUGCAUUCCGGUGCAGCGCUCUAACCAACCAUUCCGAUGCAGCGCUCUAUAACCAACUGAGUUACAGAUGCCAGUUGUCGAGCUAUAACCACAAGUUCAUGUAUAUAUAUAGGUGAUGACAUCAUGUAACAGCUCGAAAAAUCAUGUGGAGCUAUAGUUAUCCAAGGCGCAUCAGAUUUGCCUAUCACAAUUUCAAAAUUUCCGCAAUAACUAAUGAAAAAUUUCCCAUGGUAAAUCCGCAGUUUCAAGAACGGAUUCAUAAUUCAUUGGGCCAGUACAAGAUAACCACGGGGUUCGUACACAUCUUGAAAAUCCUUGAAGGUCCUGAAUUUGGAAACAAAAUUGAAGUCCUUGAAGUCCUUGAGUUUAUAAAGAAGUGCUUGAAAGACUUUAAAUUGUCUUGCUUUAGUGGAUAUUUUCUAAAAUUGUUUGGCAUUAAGAAUUGGACAUUUUGUAAAUUGAAUUUGUUCAUGUCUUACAAAGGUCAAAGCUGUUUGAAAUUCAUUAAAGUUAUACCGUUUGAACAGUUUCACGUCACUUUUUACUAUAAUUUCUAACGCCUUCUUUUCAGCCCUUUAGUCGUUAAAUUUCCUGAUAUAUAUGGCCUUGAAAGUCCUUGAAUUUAACUCUUCCUGACCGCUGUACGAAACAUGAACUAAUAACGCAUUUAUUAAACCUUGAAUAUAAUUUUUAGCCGAUAUUCCUGUGCCGUUUCCCAGCGGAAAUAAAGUCAUUUUAUAUGCCGCGUUGUCCUGAAGAUACAAGGCUCACUGAGUCGGUAAGUAAACUAAAUUAAAAUAUACCUAUACAUAAUAGUAAUUUCCUCACGUUAUUGAAAACCUGAAAAUUUCCAUCAAAUUCUACCAAUUCAAGAACACAGUACUGGUGUUCUGUUAUAACCAAUAGAUAAACUAAUUUGGCAUUAUUUCAGGUUGACUUGUUAAUGCCGAACGUUGGUGAAAUUGUUGGUGGAUCAAUGAGAAUUUGGCAAUAUGUAAGUAGGCCAUUUGCUGUGCUUUCUCGCCAAUUCUGGUCCGCACCAAAUAUUGCAUGGAGAGGUACAGAUUUGCAUGACCAGGCAUGAGAGUUGAGGAAUUACGGUGUGCAUAGAUUGGCAUGUAUAUCAAAAAUUGUUGAACAAUAUAAGCACCGUUAAAACGAAGAUGAUAGUUCACAAGAGUUGAUGCGAUUUCAUCCACUCUCACCAAUUCUCGUCGACUUUGAGGUGGUUCAAAUUUUUAUGAGAGUAGAUGAGAGUUUUUGAUCGUUUGACCGGUAAUAUCCAUGAGUCUCGUCCUAUUUUAGUGUUUUAGUUCGGCAAUCGAGCAAUCGGCUAUUUGCCGAACAAAAACACUAUAAAUGGCCGAUUAAUCUUAUUUUUCACCGACAUUCUGACCGAGCAAAUAAAAUAGGCAGUUUUUUCUCAAUGAAAGGCAUUGAUUAUUUGACUAUACAGUAUACAGUAGUACAGUACUAUUCAUAUAGCAUAAAAGCGAGAGAAGGAAUACAAAAUAUUGUCUUGGCUUUGUUGUGACAAGCAACAAAAUCACAUCGCAAGUUUAUGGUACUAGACAUGCAGAAAAUUCCCGAAAACACAAAUGUAAUGGAUCGUUGGGACUGCUUGCCAAAAAUUAAGUAUAAUGUGAUUGAUCAUGCGAGAAGAUCAUCAAAUUUAUAGCAAUUGAUAGCUUGUCAAUUGAAUGUAAACUUUUGAAAAGCUGGUCGAUCAUUAUUAGCCAAUGUCCGAGCAACUGCACAGUUGAUCGGACAUUUGUCAGACCGAAGCUAAAGUGGUAUAAUCCACACUGCAGUCUUGUCAAGUCUCAUCCAAGUGGCUUUUUCUCGUGUGACACUUCGCUUCUCAACUUCAUCAAGCUUCAUCAUCGCUUGACCGGGGCUUUUGUAUAAGGUAUAAAAGCGCUCGAUGACAUAUAUAGGUUGAGCGAUAUAUGUAUGUAUGUUCACGCCCACAUCCAGAUUGGAUAGUGCAUGUUCUCAAUGGUUGACAUUUAACAAUUAUUCGCCGAAGGCGAGGUGAUUAUCUGGGAAUAUUCACCGAGACGAAUUAGUCGAGGUGAAUAUUUCCCGAUAAUCACAGAGCCUGAGGCGAAUAAUUGUUUUAGUAUUUUUACACAAAUCUUUUGUGUUUUUUGGGACUGAAUUUAUUUUAAUUUCGCUUAUUUCUUUAUUAGUAACUUCCACAAAACGGCUUGGCCGCCAUUUUGAAAAUUUCGGUUUUGUUAUAUUCACAAUAUAACAGCUUAAUACGUCAAAUUUGACCAAUCAACGUGUAGGAUUUGUUAUGUUCACUUGUGCAAAAAUACUAAACGGUGGUACUAUUAUUUUCAGGAUGAAUUGUUGGAAGGUUACAAACGAGAAGAGAUUGAUCCAACACCUUAUUACUGGUACACUGAUCAGGUACUCCUCGGGUUUUUUUUUCUGAACUUGUUUUUUACUCGUCAAAUAACUUUGCGUCUAAUAAAUUGUUUCUACAAUUUGCUUAUUCUGAAAGACCACUUGCUCUAGUUUCUUAAAGGUGAUCUACAGUCCGUAUGUAAACAAAGCCUUUGUUUACAUUUUUUCUGUCCAAAAUAUUGAGCUUUAUUCGACAACUAUUUAUAUUUUCAAGCUUCUAGAGUAUAAUAAAUGAUCAACAAACAACAAUCAGGCUUUUCAAGAACUCAAAACAUAGUUAAACUGUUUGCAUCAUAAAAAGUGGGCUCAUUUGUGCACAUGCGCAGAUCGGACUGUAGAUCACCUUUAAGGUCACGGCAAGGCCGGACUUAAAAAAUAGUCGGCCGAAAAAUGAUUGAAUUUCUACAUGAAAUGAUGUCGAUUUUUCGUAUUGAAUACACAAAAAUUCACUGAUGAAUUUCCGCGUAGGGGCCCAGGCAUAGAAUUUAAAUAAUAGACAUCUAUUAUUUCUAUGGGCCUGGGGCAUACCUACAAGAUAGCCUUCAAUUUCCGCCAUCUUUGGCUUCAAAACACAGCCGGAGUUAGCAUGCCAGUUUUUAUAGAGUUCACUCUCAGUAUACUGUAUUUAAUUUGUAUUUCCAGCGUAAGUUUGGAACAUGUCCCCAUGGUGGUUAUGGCUUGGGUUUAGAGAGAUAUCUGUGUUGGUUAUUGAACAGAAUGCAUAUCAGAGAUGUGUGUAUGUACCCAAGGUUCACUGGCCGAUGCCGACCUUGAACAGCAAAGAGACAUUCACGUCAGAAAUACUGAAAAAAAAACUUUUAUUGAUUUAAGAUAGAAUACUUUGAAUAGAACGAUGUCAACUCUUUUGAGACUACAGUACAAAUGCUACUCAAUGUGAGAAAUUAUUUUUCUGGUUAAAUAAAACAAUUGUUUUGUUAUAAAUUCAC